CCGCUCGGGCCAUUUUGCGGCGCGAUGAGGCGGGAGCGGCGGUGAGAGCAGCGCCCGUCCCGCCCCGCACGGCCCCUCCGAACGGCGAGGAAGCGCAGCCAAGGGCACGGCGAGACCCCCUUCAACCCCCCCCGGCGGAGCCAUGAGCUGGGGCACGGAGCUGUGGGACCAGUUUGACAACUUAGAAAAACACACGCAGUGGGGUAUUGAUGUUCUGGAAAAGUACAUCAAGUUUGUAAAAGAAAGAACAGAGAUUGAACUCAGCUAUGCAAAGCAGCUUAGGAAUCUUUCCAAGAAAUACCAACCCAAAAAGAACUCCAAAGAGGAGGAGGAAUACAGGUACACAUCAACUAGAGCCUUCCUAGCCACUUUAAAUGAAAUGAAUGACUAUGCUGGACAGCACGAGGUCAUCUCGGAGAACAUGACCUCUCUUAUCACUGGGGAGUUAACACGCUACGUGCAGGAGCUGAAACAAGAGAGGAAAUCGCACUUCCACGAUGGCAGAAAGGCACAACAACACAUUGAAACUUGCUGGAAACAACUUGAAGCAAGUAAAAGGCGGUUUGAACGUGACUGCAAAGAAGCUGAUCGAGCACAGCAGUAUUUUGAGAAAAUGGAUGCUGACAUCAACGUGACAAAAGCAGAUGUUGAAAAGGCAAGACAGCAAGCCCAGCUGCGACAUCAGAUGGCAGAAGACAGCAAAGCAGAAUAUUCUUCCACCCUACAGAAGUUCAACAGUGAGCAGCACGAGCAUUACUACACACACAUACCAAACAUCUUCCAGAAAAUACAAGAGAUGGAGGAGAGGAGGAUCGUGAGGAUAGGUGAAUCCAUGAAAACCUUCGCUGAAGUCGACCGCCAAGUGAUCCCCAUCAUUGGGAAGUGUCUGGAUGAGAUAACAAAGGCUGCAGAAUCAGUGGAUCACAAGAAUGAUUCUCAGAUGGUAAUAGAAGCCUUCAAAUCAGGGUUUGAGCCUCCAGGAGACAUCGAAUUUGAGGAUUUCACGCAGCCCAUGAAGAGAACUGUCUCAGAAUCCAGCCUUUCCAACUCCAGAGGGGAUGGCAAGUCAGAGCCGAAGUUUGGUGGCAAAUCCAAGGGCAAGUUAUGGCCAUUCAUCAAGAAAAAUAAGCUUAUGUCCCUUUUAACAUCCCCCCAUCAGCCCCCUCCUCCUCCCCCUGCCUCUGCCUCACCCUCUGCUGUUCCCAACGGCCCCCAGUCUCCCAAGCAGCAAAAGGAACCCCUCUCCCAUCGCUUCAACGAGUUCAUGACCUCCAAACCCAAAAUCCACUGCUUCAGGAGCCUAAAGCGCGGGCAGACACAGUCUUUGUAUAUUCACAAAGAACUCAUGAAGAGGACUUUAGGGACCCCCACGUGUGCCAUUGAGGCUAGGGAGUAUUUUCUUUCUCUCAAGCUGGGAGCAGGGCCCGAAGACUUCAGCAAUCUCCCACCUGAGCAAAGAAGAAAGAAGCUUCAGCAAAAGGUGGACGAACUAAACAAGGACAUUCAGAAGGAGUUGGAUCAAAGAGAUGCCUUAACGAAGAUGAAAGAUGUGUAUAUCAAGAACCCCCAGAUGGGAGAUGCAGCGAGUGUGGACCACAGAUUAUCAGAGCUUGCACAGAACAUUGAGAAGUUACGAUUAGAAGUUCAGAAGUUUGAGGGCUGGCUGGCGGAGGUGGAGGGCCGGCUGCCCGCGCGGAACGAGCAGCCCCGGCGCCAGAGUGGGAUGUACGAGCCCCAGAACCCGUCAGCAGUGAACAGCUGUGCCCAGGACAGGGAGAGCAGCCCGGAUGGCAGUUACACAGAGGAGCAGAGUCAGGAGACUGAGAUGAAAGUACCUGCAACGGACUUUGACGAUGAGUUUGAUGAUGAAGAACCACUACCCACCAUAGGAACGUGUAAAGCGCUCUAUACAUUUGAAGGUCAGAAUGAAGGAACAAUUUCUGUAGCAGAAGGAGAGAUGCUCUAUGUAAUAGAGGAGGACAAAGGUGACGGGUGGACGCGGAUCCGAAGGAACGAAGAUGAGGAGGGCUAUGUCCCCACGUCUUAUGUUGAAGUCUAUUUGGACAAAAAUGCCAAAGAUUCCUAAAGGUGUUUGUGCUGGUGCAAGAACCUCGGGGCGAGCUUGUCACAGAAGGAGAAACAAAAUGGUCUGUUUACCCUGCAGGCAGUUAAAACACACCCAUGGAAAGCCAGACUCCCAGUCUAGUCUGGAGUUCCCACUUGAAAAAUUCAGAUCUAAAUUCCAUCCCAGUCCCAUUCAAGACGCUUGCUCUUUUCCAUGGCAUGCUACUUGUGGCUCGGAUUACCUUAUCAGCCUUUCCCCCUCUUCUGCCAGCUUGGCACAGCCCCUCUGUCAAACACAACCCACACUUUCUCCCCCACCCACUUCCCCCCACCUUCUGUCAGGGAACUGCUGGCUGCCCUUGGAUGCAGAGGGCAGCUGGAGAGUCCCAAGCAUGUGCUGGUCUGUCUUCUGUCCCUUCGUCCCUCAGUCCAUCUGAAUGUACACACUGGUCCAUCAGCGUUUCACACGGUGCCUUUAGUGCUAAUCCUGCAGGAAUUCUCAUCAGAGAGCGUGGAAGGGAGGUGGGAAACCUCCCCUGGGCACAGUGUUACAGCAGUUGGACUGGGCUCUGAAUUUGCAGAUAUUAAAUUUGAUCCCUGUGCAUCAUUCAAUAUUCUGCUUUCCCCAAAAGGUCACUAAUACUUGUCAGCCUUAAUUUUUUUUUUUUUUUUUUUUUAAAUACAGGCUGAUGCUCAUCCCAAGUAUUAAACCCCCAUGGCCUUGCUGUUUCCUGAAACCCUUUGAGCUCAUGUGUGUAUGCUGCUUUUGCUGCUUUUCCUGCUCGUUCUCCCUGCACCCUCCCUCUUGAUCCACCCUCCUCUCUCCCUCCUCUUCCUCACACACACACAGACACACACAGACAGUGGCAUUUUGGUUUGAAGCCCCAUUUUGCUGGUCACAGGCCCUGUUUGGCUCUCGUUUCAGCCUGCAUGCUCGCCCUGUUGCCUUGCCUGCGCCCACCUUCCUCAGGGUCACGUUAUUUUGUGGCUCGUGGUUAAUCUCUUUGCAGUUUUCUUUUUUUUUUUGUUGGUUUGUUUUUCAGCAUUUCAGACCUGCCUUCUCUUUUUUUUUUUUGUUUUGUUUUUUUUUUUGCAUGACCUCCUGUGCGUUCUCAUCAGUUAAUGUUUGAAUAACAGAGGUUUUUUAGAUAAAUAAAAGGGGGGGGAGGAGAAAAAAUUAAAAAAAAAGAAAUCGCACUAUUUCCUUCUCCCACCUUGCCAUGGACUGGACCUGGACCCAGCAGCCAGACAGGAAUUGUGACCACCCUGUUCUCACAUGGUUUGGUUUGAAGCAGAAGUAGGAUGAUGAGUGAUGCUGCACUCUGUCACAUCACGCAGUGGGGAGAGAGAGCUACAACAUCUCCAAAUAUCACAAGGUCUGGACCUCAACUGCCUAUGAAAGGGUCAAUUGCUCUCUAAACUUCUGUGUUCUAACUUGGUUUCCUCUCAGUCAUUACCAUGGCUUGGGUUUUAGUCAUCUUGGACAAGUUUGAGCCCUGCAAGAGUCAGUUGUCACCAAAUAGCUCCUGAGGGCUGAAUUUAUUCAUAGAUCAACACAUCUUUUGGGGGGGAUCUCCUGGCUCCAACCCAACUUCAGCAUAUUCUGUACAAUCCCCAGAUUCUGAGAAAGUUUAUGUCAAAGCUCACUCCGGGCAGUGACCCUAAAAUGAAACCUCUCAGGGUUAGUUUGCAGACAGGUGAGUGUUGUUUUGCUGCCUGCUGUGCUGUUGUGUAGGGUCAGCACAUGGAAACACAUCCCAACAUCACAGACUCUCCAUGCUGGGGAUGGCCUGGGCCCUUCCCCUGCAGGAGGAAGUCAUUUUUCAGUUGGGUUAUGUGUUGUGUUCAUAACUCUGCCUCUUUCUCUCCGUUCAAGACACCGAUUUUUAUUUUCACUAGCACAAAGUCCCUCGGUGCCACAGUUCAUCCUGUAGCUGUUGCAGUGAUGGUGCUUAAUAUCUGCCAGCAUCAACCAGCAGGAGGUUUGUGUUUUAAACCCAACCCAAGUGGCUCUGGAGCCUGUGCUGAGCGCAGGGAACACCGAUCCUGAGGCCGUUCUGCUGCGGCAUCAGAGGGUCAUAAUCCAUUAAACCACAUCCUUGUCAUUGCUGCUGCUGUGGUCACUGAGCUGUUCAGAUCCAUGGGACUCCAAGGGGGAUGCCCAGCUGGCACCUGUGGCUUUGUGCAAAGGCUUUGUGGCAUCCCCCUCGGGGGAUCUAAAGGGUUGAGCAGGUAACGGGGCGGGGUUGGGGGGGGUGCGAAAAUAUCCUUAAAAUAUUUUUAGCUGCAGUAUUUUUAUUCUCGUGUCCAAUGCACUGUUGAAAUCAGCAGCUAAGAAUUCAUUUUCACCUGUUGUUGUGCCAUCUAUGUAAAAAUUAGAUCAAAGUUUGCUUUUCUAUAUUUAAUCUGGGUGGACAGUAUAUUAUUGUCAGCCUCUGUGGAACAUUGGAACAAUUGCAAUGUCUGUGUUGCUCAAUUGUGCUGUAGAAGGAGCAUUAGCUUUAGCUGACUGAUUGACUCCCAAAGUUUUAUGGAAAGACCACGAAUGGAGUUUUUAUAAACUUGGCAACUAGUUCCCAAAAGCCUGGGUCUUAAAAAGUUAUUUCAAAAAUAGUGACAGUCCUGUGUCGUAGCCUCCACGUUUAUUCCGCUGCCCUUAUCCAGGGUAAUGAACGAGGAAUUUUUGUAGAAUUUACCUUUGGCAAAUGCUGAAGAACUGAAGAUGUGACUGGUUUAUAAAAACUCUGCUUGAAUUUACUAAUCUUGCCCAGCAGCGUGGACUGUACAUCUAUGAUAUCUCAUGACCCCCCAGCAAAAGUCUCUAAUGCCCUUUCUUAACACCUGUAAAUAGAGAAGAAACAUAUUUACUGAUACUCAAAAGUUGUGUUUAAUGCUGAGUAUUUUUCAGAAGUUCAUUUAGUUUGAUGCAUAUUGUUCUUUGGUUUUUGUUUUCCUGCCUGAAAUGUCAAAAGACCUAAAAGAAGCCAAAAUUCUAUUUUAACAUGAUGAUGUCGAGCACUUUUUUAUUUGUAUAUGUGUGUGUAUGUGUGUUUGAGCACUGAUCUCGAGACUUCGGUGGCAUCUCAGUGUUGUGAUUUCAUUGCCAGUGUAAAAGGUUCUGGUGUUGCCCAUUCAUUUCUGGAGACAGAAUUCAACCAAAUAAAGUGCUUCCAUUUGAAAGCGAAUAUUGACCUUGUAGCAAUGAAACAGAGUCAUCUGCAUAUUUAAAUAAACAUUUAAUUCCAGAAA